CCUCUCCUCACAAAAAGAGGGUGUGCCUGUUUUCCGAAUGAAUGAACAGGACGAUAAGCUUUGAAAGGGUCUCACAGGAGGGAGAGGGAGAGGGGUGAGCCGGACCGCCCUGUUGUUUUUGGCUAGUGGGAAAGACACUUUUUGGAGGGGCCGCUGAGUCAGAGUGCAUGUUUUGACUGGAAUUCAAAGGACACAAUCCACUACUACGCUAUUUGGACUCGGGGGCAGGGGCCACUUGUGAGUGGGGUCAGACUUGGGAGGGGGAAAGUUCGGUUCCAUCCCGUCUGUUCUGUCGGCUACUCAAUCGGAUUUAGUGAUGAUGCUGAAGAAGGUACGAUUCAAGGAUAUUCAUGUGAGUCAGGGGGCCGCAGACAUCUCGAUGGACAUGGACCGCCUGAACAGGAAUGCGCCAGAGAGUGGCACACAAGCCCGCCAGGUGUUAAAGAGCACUCCACUGGAUGUGAUCGAGACUGGAAAGGGAUUGAAGUUCCAGGCUGAGCGCCCUCAUCUCGUCAGCCUAGGUAGUGGACGUCUGAGUGUUGCCAUCACUCUGCUGCCUCUGCCUGAGGGCCGUACAACUAUAGGUCAUGGUCCAAUGGACAUCAACAUCCAAGGCCCGGGGGUGGAAGCUCAACAUUGCUACAUAGAAAAUAGGUCAGGGGUCAUCUUGUUACAUCCCUGCGGGAAUCUAUGCGCUGUUGAUGGACUCCAAGUGACACAACCGAUCCGCUUGUCCCAAGGCUGUAUGCUGUGUUUUGGUCAGUCAGCCUUUUUUCGCUUCAACCACCCUGAAGAAGCCUUGAGGAUGAAGAGCAUGAUGCCCCCAGGAGGCACCGUCUCCACAGGGGACUACAGACCAUGUGCAGGCACGGAGAACCUGGUCAAUGGGAAUCAUCAGGCCAGUCCAACGCAGUCCUCCCAAGAAACUAGUGAGAGAGUCCAAUCUGAGCACAGUGCAAUUGUAAGCUCUAUUGAGAAGGACCUCCAGGACAUCAUGGACUCCUUAGUCAUGGAUGACCUGGAACCUUGCUCCUCUGAAGACAAAAAGCCUCCUGGGGACCAACCAGUUACUCAUUCACCCCUGUUACCCAUGGUCAAUGGUGGGGGCAGGUAUUUGCUGUCCCCUCCUACGAGUCCUGGGGCCAUGUCCAUGGGAUCCAGCUAUGACAAUACAUCUCCACCCUUUUCUCCUCUCUCAUCCCCUUCAGCAGCCAGCAGCGGUAGCUUUACUAGUCCAUCUCCUGGUGGAGCACCCCAGGACCACAUUUCUUCUCUACCACCAGUGCCUGCACGCUCCUCUAGCUACAACUUCACCAGCCAUUCACAACUUGUAUCCCAGCCACGGGCCAACCUACCUAAUUUUAAUGGUGGUGGCGUAGGUCAGAAGGUACAAGAAAGCCCCAGACUGCAAAGGAAGGCCUUAGGGGAGGCUCCACUAAGCCCUAAACCUAAUUGCCGAGGAGUAUGCCAAGAUGCGUCAGAGAUUCCCAGACAGACCCCACUUUUGUCUUCGAAUGAAUCUCUCAGUAGCAGAACUAUUGUGCCAAGUAGCCCUGGUUUCAGUCCCAAAUUCCCAACGUGUCCCUCCAUGUCCGCUAGUAUGAGGACCAAGACAGCCACAGUGCUUCAUGAAAGGCCUGCUAGCCCUUUUAAAGAGCAGACGACCUUAGCCGAUCGCUCCAUCAACUCAAGCCCACCCAGGCAUCUUUCCCAACCUACUAAGGCCUAUCAGCCGCCCCUCGAUCCUGUUGUCCAUAUCAUUCAAGGCUCACCGUGGCAGCAGCCUCCAGAAAGCCCUCGCAUGCUUAGGCGAAACAUAGAACUGAAUGGUGAACGAGGUAAUAUCAGAGAACUUCCACCUCUAAGUCCUUCCAUUGCUCGAAGAGGCAUCCCAGUACUCCCGGGUGCACUUCCAGGAACAGUACCAAGUACAACCUUAAAGACACCUGAUAGCACCACAGGUUUGGGUACGCUAGUAUCAGGGAGUCCCAGGCUUCAUCGUAAGACUGGAACUACAACUGCGGAUUCCACUGGCAGUUGGGGAAUGCGAGCCCGUAGUCCUUCACCCACAUCUGUGAUGAUGGAGAGUGGCAUAGGAAUUCGAAAGGCCAGCUUUGGCAAUUCGCUUUCAUCUGCAUACAGUCUUGGGUCGCUGCCUGGCUCAUCGCCCGUUUCCAGUCCUAGAAACAACAGAAAGAUAUCAACAGGGCGACCAGGGAUGAGGGAGAGGAAGAACAGCAUCUCAGAAAUCAGUGACAAUGAGGAUGAGCUGUUGGAAUACCAUCGACGACAGAGGGAGGAGCGACUUCGAGAGCAGGAAAUGGAGAGACUGGAGAGACAGCGACUGGAGACAAUCCUAAAUCUCUGUGCUGAGUACAACAAAGGAGAGAGCAACAGUUCGGACCCACUCAGCUUUGGGAAGACAAGUUUCCCAGGGGAAUUUUCAGAUGGCUCAGUGCAGGGUGCCUCCGUCAAUAGCGUCCUUGGAGGAAUAUCGACCUCAGCCCCUUUGCGUCUGGCACAGAGACAAAAGGAGAGCGAUGAGGAAAACCUGAAGGAGGAGUGUAGUAGUACAGAGAGCACUCAUCAGGAGGUGAGGACAUCUCCGGCUCCGUGCACAGCAUCAGACCUGCUCAAUGGAGACAAACAGCAUGAGGAUGUGGUCAGUUCAGAUCGAAUGGAGCUUGGUUACCUGGAGGAAGAGAGAGUACGUGUUCUGUCACGGCUUGAUGAACUCAAAACUCGGCUGACGGAGCUGGAGCAACAAUACCAAGAGUCCAAACAAGAGGAGGAAAGGGAGACAAUGAGCCAGCAGUUGCUGCAGGAGAGAGCAGAGUACCACAGGACCGUGGCCAAGAGGAAGGAGAAAGUGACUGCUUUGGAGAACCAGGCCAACCAGUUGGGCCUCCAGGCAUCUCAGGAAUGUGAGCGUCUCGCCAAAGACAGGACCAUCAUGCUGCAAAUGCUCCAAAAGGAGAAGGAAAGGCUCUCUGCUUUGGAACAGAGGUACCACCAUUUAACUGGAGGAAAGAGCUUUCCAAAGUCCCCUACAGCCAUGAGAGAAGAGUAUGUGACAGUGAGCCAUUUGAGUCAGAUGUAUGGGAUGCCCAAGGUGGAGUCCUCUGCCACCUCUCCAUUUCGCCAUCCCCUGCAGUCUGAAGCUGUAGAUACAACCUUCUCCUGCUCCCCCUCUUCUCCCAACAUCUCCUGGUCUUUCCCUGUGGAGUGUGAGGGCAUCAGGCCUCAACUGCCCAAACUAGAUUUAGAACAGUGGUACCAGGAGCUGUUGGCGGGUUCCAGCCAGCUCUGGUCUCCCCCUCUGCCAGCCAAGUCGCUGUCAGGCCGCAAGCCCGCACUGCAGGUGUUCCGCUCCAAGCUUGAAAGUGAUCCAGAGCAAUCGCCUCACGUCGCAAAUUCUGGAUCUGCUCUGCAGCAAGGAGCAGCAACAUUGGGCCGCAACACAAGCUCCAAGAGCCCUCUUCUAACUCCCAAAAACACGAGCAGCCUGCCCAGGAACCUGGCUGCCACCCUGCAGAGCAUCGAGACCAAGAGACAGCUCGCACUGCAGCAAAAAGAACCUCCGGCCUCCAGUCAGCCACCCAUAGAGGGAAGAUCAGCAGGUCAGCAGGUAAUUGAAGAGCAGCGACGUCGUCUAGCUGAGCUCAAGCAGAGAGCAGCAGAAGAGGCUCAGUGCCAGUGGGAGGCACUCCAUGGCUUGCAGCCUCAUCUCAUCACCUCCGCGCCCCCCUACUCUCCAGCAGUGACCUACAGUCCCACAUUGAGUCACAGGUCUGCAGGCGCCCCUCCUCUGGUCCAACACUCCAUCCUACACCACCAUCCAGCAUCAGCCGGAGAGCAGCCCUACGACACACUGAGCCUGGAGAGCUCAGACAGUAUGGACACCAGUGUGUCCACAGGCAACAACUCCGCCUGCUCGCCAGAUAAUUUGUCCAGAUGCUGUGUUUUUAUUUCCACCACAAGUGUUGGAGGAACAGACGCGCUGAAGAUGGAAGAGAUGGAGAAAAUGCUGAAGGAGGCACAGAUGGAGAAAGCCAGACUUAUUGAGUUUCGGGAACAGGAGAGCUUCGCUCGCCAUCAAAUGUUGGAAGAAGAGCGGAAAAGGAGGGAGGAAGCAGAGAAAAGACUGCAGGAUGAAACUCUCCACCGACAGCAGCUGGUGGAGAAGGAAGUGAAGUUGAGGGCCAAGAACUUCUCCCAGGCACGUCCUAUGACACGCUACCUGCCAAUUAGGAAGGAGGAGUUUGACCUUCGUGCGCACAUUGAGACAUCAGGCCACAGCGUGGACACCUGCUACCACAUCAUUCUGACUGAGAAGAUGUGCAAGGGCUACCUGGUGAAGAUGGGAGGCAAGAUCAAGUCGUGGAAGAAACGCUGGUUUGUCUUCGACCGCCUCAAAAGGACCUUCUCGUACUACGUCGACAAACACGAGACCAAGCUGAAGGGUGUGAUAUACUUCCAGGCUAUCGAAGAGGUUUAUUAUGAUCACCUCCGCAGCGCCACCAAGAGGAGCGUUUUCAACUUGAAUCUGACGAGUAGCCCAAAUGCCGCCUUGACGUUUUGCGUGAAGACCCACGACCGCCUCUAUUACAUGGUGGCGCCCUCAGCAGAGGCCAUGAGGAUCUGGAUGGACGUCAUAGUCACGGGAGCAGAGGGGUACACUCAAUUCCUGAACUGACGACGCACGUGGCGACAGGCUUAUUUUCGGCAGGGACUCUGAAGACACACCCCCUCCCCACAUUUGUAGUCCGCAGUUUAGUUGCGUGUUUUCUUUUUUUUAAAUCACACGAUGUCACAGUGUCUUCACCGCCACUCAUUGAAAAAGGGAGCUCCUGGAGUACACACGCCGACACACACACAAACACACACACUUACACACACACACUUACACACUUCUGUAUAUAAACCAAAAUGUACACCUUUCAAAGACUUUAGAAAGCUUUUCUAUAUUGCCAAAUGGAGAUCUUUUGUAUACCUUUUUUUUAACUCGGUUGAAAAAACUUGCCAAAUGUCAACAACCUCUGUAUUUAUUUGAGCUGCCGUGUACGCCGCGAAAAGGUACACUUGUAAAGCAAAAGCUCUGCAUCCUCCUCCUUAUUUUGCUCCUGUGCUGCUCCAUCAGACAGCUUUGAAGGCCUGCUCCUGAUCACACACAACAUUGACAAAGGUUGCAUGUUAUGUUUCGGUUCAGCUUCCAGGUACACUAUUUGGAGUCAUUCCAGCUCAGGGCCUCGUUCAGUAGUAGGAUUUAACCCAUAUGGACUGUCUUUCGACCCUCACGGUACUGAUAAAAGUAUUUUGGUGUUGUUAAAUGAUGACAUCAUUCACCGUUUUUGAAAUUAAAGGUACGCAUAUUUUGCUUCUGGAUUCUGGUAGGCGGUUAGCUUAGUGAUUUUGACACUAAAAGAGGGACCUAUUGGCACUUGUAAAACUCACUCGCUAUUAAGUUCCAUAAAUUGUAUCAACCUCAACCCAAAGACAAUUUUGAGUCUCAGCUUGGAGUGACUGAAAGUGUUUUGUCAGCAUCUUCUGGCUUACCGAGUGCUUUACAUGACAAAGCUAAUACGUAUCAUUGGCUUCAUUCGCUGGACACUUAAGUACUUAAGUUGAAUUCCACUCUGUAAUAACUGUGCACCGAAUAUUAAAACAGGUGGUGUUCCUUAUCCUUAAUAUUAAGCAUGUGUUAAAACAUGCUUCUAAAAUAAAAUGUGUUAAGAAAAAAAAUGGCUCACAACCCAACAUACAGGUAUAUGUCAGCAGUAUAGCCCUCAGUUGACUCAUGGAUAGGAAUGUGCAGCUGUGUGAUGUCAUCAUGUUGCCAUUAUUAUUAUUUUUUUUUUAAAUAAAUGAACGUUGCAAGCCUUUAACUACUAAGGUAACACCAUCGUUUGUAAGCCAGCAGCCUCAGAAGACGGAAAGCAAACCAUGUCGCAGAUGCCAGAGAUAGCCAACAUCAAACAAAUCAAAUCUUGA